AAUCAAAGUAUUUGGAUAUCUUGACAUUGUUGCAACGCGAAUUAUCUUGAAUUUAUUUUGAUUUUAAAGUGGACUUCGCUAAAAAUGUUGGUUCUGGUGCUUGGUGAUUUACAUAUACCUCAUAGAAAAAAUACACUUCCAGCAAAGUUUAAAAAAUUAUUGGUACCAGGAAAAAUUCAACACAUUUUAUGCACUGGGAACCUCUGUACAAAGGAAUCAUUUGAUUACCUGAAGAUGUUAGCUGGUGACGUUCAUGUGGUCCGAGGAGACUUUGAUGAGAACCUAACAUAUCCUGAACAAAAGGUUGUCACUGUUGGUCAAUUUAAGAUCGGCAUUUGUCACGGACAUCAAGUUGUUCCCUGGGGAGAUCCUGACAGUCUAGCAAUGGUUCAGCGGCAGCUUGAUGUUGAUAUCCUUAUCUUUGGUCAUACGCACAAGUUUGAAGCGUACGAGCAUGAAGGAAAAUUCUACAUCAACCCAGGUUCAGCAACUGGUGCUUAUAAUGCUUUGCUCAGAAAGGUAACACCAUCAUUUGUCCUCAUGGAUAUCCAAGCUUCAACAGUUGUCACAUACGUAUACCAGCUUGUCGAUGAUGAAGUCAAAGUUGAAAGAAUCGAAUAUAAAAAAUAAUUAUUUGGAACUAUAUGAACAGACAUGAUUUAUGAUUGAACUAAUAAUCCUCCAUUUAUUAACAAUGCACAACAGUAGAAAUCAAGAAAUGUUUAGGACUUGUCAGAACUACAUUUGUUCACGCCAUACAUUGGCUAGUCCCCAAACCUUCAUUCUCAAGGCAUCUCCUCUCAGUUUCUGUGGAAGAAGCCACAUUCUUGUAAAGGAGGAUAUUUUCUGUAGAAAAUCUGUAGAUAUUUCACAAAUUAAGAACACAUGGACACAAUAGAAAGAUGGAAUUUGAUUUAAUUUGAUUGCUGCAACUAUCGUACACAAGUCAACUAUCGUACUCAGCCAAGUUUUAAAACCAUCAAUUUAAACAGGAAUUCAAUUAAACCUUUCCAUCUCAGCUAAAUAAUUGCAUGCAUAUCAGUUUUUGGGCUAGCAUUAAGCACUAGAAAAUUUAACAAUACUAAGUAGUAAAUGCUUGAGUAAUGAUUUUGAACAGU